CUCGCGCUCGCUCCCUCGCGCAGUGUUGGAGAGCGCGUUCGUUGGAAGCGUUCGACUUUCGAGUGGCGACGUACGCUAGCCUGGCGUGCAUGUCUUCAUUAUUGAUGCAAAAGUUCCACGAUGGUAGAUCAUAACGAGAGAUUGUUACAGGAGUUGCAAAGGAGAAGUGGAAAUAAUGUGUGUGCGGAUUGUGGAACCGAUGAUCCGGACUGGGCGUCCUACAACCUGGGCAUCUUCAUCUGCAUGCGUUGCGCCAGCAUCCACCGGGGCAUGGGCGCCCAUAUCAGCAAGGUCAAGCACCUCAACCUGGACCGCUGGGAAGACUCGCAGGUCCAGAGAAUGAAUGAGGUCGGCAACAUCGCCGCCAAAAACAAAUACGAGGAGCGAGUGCCACCCUGCUACAGACGACCGACGAAGAGCGAUCCACAAGUUCUCAUAGAACAGUGGAUACGUGCGAAGUAUGAAAGAGAGGAGUUUUGCCAUCCUGAACGGCAGAGCUAUCUCUCUGGUUCUAUGGAAGGUUUUCUGAUGAAGAGAGGGAAAGAAGAUAGCAGAUACCAACUCAGGAAAUUUGUACUGAACGAGACCGAAGACACACUCAAGUAUCACCAAGCUUCCGACGGCUGCGGCCGUGCCGCGAGUUGUCUCGAUCGGUUAUUCGAUCGUCUCCGUGUCAAAAACAUUGGUCGAUGGAGGUACCACGUUCGUGAAAACAAAGAACCAAAGGGCAUCCUGAAGCUUUCGGAACUGAAUGUCUGCUUUGCGCCGUCGAAGAUAGGUCACAUGAACUCUAUGCAGCUCACGUUUAUGAAGGAUGGCUCCACACGACACAUCUAUGUGUACCAUGAGGAGCCAGAAGUUAUUAACAAUUGGUACACAGCGAUCCGCUGCGCCCAACUACACCUCCUCCAAGUGGCGUUUCCUUCAACCCCCCAAUCAGACCUGGUCCUCCGCCUACCGAAAGACUUCGCACGCGAGGGCUGGCUUUGGAAGACAGGACCCAAACUCACAGACGCUCACAGGAGAAGGUGGUUCACACUCGACAACAGAAAGCUGAUGUACCACGAUGAGCCAUUGGACGCGUAUCCGAAAGGAGAAAUAUUUGUCGGCCAUGAAUCAAAUGGUUACUGCAUCAAAGUGUCGAACACUGGCAACGGGUGCAAAGAAGCCCGGUUUCCCUUCCACCUGGUGACUCCUGAUAGGACGUACUGUCUCGCGGCCACCACCCACGAAGACCGGGCAGGCUGGCUCGCUGUCAUACAGCAGACCAUCAAGAGGCCGCUCACGCCUCAGGACUCUAACAUUGAGGCCAUACUCGUUCGCAAAAGGACAACGUCGAACUCCAUCAACAUAUUCUCCGGCAGGUAGUUGCACUGUCUUGUCUUACGCCUAGGCUGUAAGAUGAAACGCAUGUAUUGUUUCUAGAAUUAAUUUCAAGGACUGCAAAGUAAUUAACAUAUACAUUAAGGUAUAAAGUUAAUCUCGUCGAACUGUACUCGUAGUACUCGUACGAUGGACGCGACGAUGUAAAUAUUUUAAAGCAAUUUUUGUUCGAUUAUGUUCGUAUCGAUACGUUAACGUAAUCAAAUGUAUUUUUAUUAAAACUGAUGAUAAUAUGUUUUGCUAAUAAGUUUAAAUUAUUUUAUAUAUUUUAGGUACAGUGACGGAACUGAAACGAUUAUGUGUUAAAUUAUGUCGAUUAUUUUUAAGUUUAUUAAAUGUAAUUUUAACGCGUGACGAGUUGGAAAAAACAAAAUGGCUGGACGCACAAAUUAUAUCAUUAUAAAUAAUAAAGAUAAAAUCGUAAUUCGUAGCAUAGAAUUUAGACGUUUUGAUAAUAUUGAUGGAAAGGAUAACAGGCAACAAUAGUCUUUAUUUUUAUGGUUUUUGCAUUAGAUUUGGAAUAUUCGACGGUUACCUUUACAGACUUCAUUUUAGAUUUUUAAUUUUCAGAUGGAUAAUUUUUGGCUGUGGAUUGAAUGCCUUGGUUUAUUUUAUUUGCAACUUUCCCUUUAUUUAAAUGUCUUUUCACUUUCUAGUUAAAGUCAGAACCGUCUUCCAUGCAGGUUUGCCUGUUCUCCUUUAUUAAAUAAUGAUAAUAUCGUUUAAAAUAAUACAUAACUACAUUCUAUCAUCAUUUAUAUCACAUAUUAGACUACAAGAUGACCAGUAGAGUACUAUACCUUUUUUUUUAAUAAUCGCAUCGUAAUUAGUUAAUUAUUUAAAGACAAAUAUUAUGUAGAAU